GCGCCGGAAGAGAAGAAGGUCCUUUUCCCAGCCAUCUUGUGGCUUCAUCUAGCGAAGUGUUCGCACCAAGCCUCGUAGAAUCGGAGUAAAAUCCUGCUGAAGGGGCUCCAUCAUGCCCGGACAAAUGCAAGAAGGUUUUGGCUGUGCCAUUGCCAAUCGGUUCGACCAGUUAUUUGACGAUGAGUCGGAUCCCUUCGAGCUGCUAAAGCAAGCCGAAGCAAAGAAGAAGGAGGCUCCUGUUCCUGGUGCCGCCAAGACUUCAGCAGCCCAGGCUGCCAAGCAGCCGAAAAAGGAGUCCCAAAAAGACAGAAAAGUCCCACUGGGUGAUAAGAAGGAGGAGAGCCAGGCACCUGUCCCACUUAAGAAAGAUGGUCCUGCCAUCAGGAGAAUGGGCCGCAAGCCGGAGGGCGAAGGCUUCAGACCCCAGGUCGGUCAGGGAGAGGGGCGCCCCCCCACAGACAGAAGGCCUGUGGACAGGCGGCCCCCACGCCGCUUCGAGAGGCCUGCUGGUGACGCUGGAGAGAAGCCCGAGGGAGGCGAAUUCUCAGUGGAAAAACCCAUUGGUGAUCGGCCGAUGCGAGGACGCGGCGGCGGAGGACCAAGAGGGGCCCCCCGUGGCGGCAGCAGAGGCCGAGGCAUGGGUCGCACCGAUGGCUUUGACUCCCGAGGAAAACGUGAAUUUGACCGACACAGUGGCAGUGACCGAACUAGUAGUCUGAAAGGUGAGGAGAAGCGCGGAGGAAGUGGAUCUCACAACUGGGGCACCGUCAAGGAUGAUGUUAACGAGCUCGACCAAUCAAACGUUACUGAGGAGAACCCUGAAGGCGAGGAACAUCCACCUGCUGACUCUGAGAACAAAAGGGAGAAUGAGGUUGAGGAAGUGAAGGAAGAAGGCCCCAAGGAGAUGACUCUGGACGAAUGGAAGGCCGUGCAGGACAAGGAGCGAGCCAAGGUGGAGUUCAACAUCCGCAAGGCCAACGAGGGCGCUGAUUGGAACAAAGGCUUCGUGCUGCACAAGUCCAAGGCAGAAGAAAAGAAAGAGGAGGUUAUUGACCCUGAAAUUGAGGAGCUCAAGCUCGAUGAUGAGCACCACUUCCGGAAGCCAGCCAAUGACAUCACGUCCCAGCUGGAGAUCAAUUUCGGAGAUCUGGGCCGCCCAAGCCGCGGACGCGGUGGACCACGUGGUGGUGGUGGUGGUCGGGGUGGUCGUGGGCGAGGCGGCCCCGGCGGACCCCCCGGACCUCCCCCUCCUGGAGCCGAGGCCCCCAGGCCAAUCCGCGGAGGAAGGACUGACAAGUCAUCUGCGUCUGUGCCCAACGUGGACGACCCAGAAGCCUUCCCAGCUCUGGCUUAAGACCGGCUGCGGCCCCUCAGGCCCACAGGAGCCCCCUGAGCACCUCCACUACGAGGCUUGCAUGUUCCUGGAUCCUUCAGCAAAGUAAAAUGAUGGAGAAGACUGUCAUUAACUAUGGCACUCAAAGUGAGGACUGAGUUUUACCCAAUAAAAACAAAACGAAGAUGGAAAAAAAAACAGAAAUUAACAAAAAAAAAACAAAAAAAGAAAAGGACUUCUUGCUACUCUGGAGCAACUUAUUGGUAGAGGUUUUGUACUUGGAAACAAAGUAGCAGGGAUGUUUUCAUACAGUAUUUUUUUCAGAGGUUAUGCAUUGUCCAUUGAUGAAUAUUUGUAAUUGCUGCUUGAAUAUAUGCAUUUCGAAAUGUAAGCAUAAGAAGGGUGUUUUUCGCUUGGUGUGAGCCAUCGCUUGCUCGCUUUAAAAUAGGCACUGUAGGGCUCCAACCCAAGCUCAUAAGCUCUGCCACACCAAGUCUUUCUGAUGAAGUUAGAGCUUCACGGAUACGAGUUUUUUUUCUUUAGCACUGGGAUAUUGUUUUAUAUUUUUUACAGGAGGUCUAUUCUUCUAUGAUCUUUGACCUGUAAAUCUUGACUAUUUUCAUACGGUGCAAACAGGACACUCUGAUCGAGCGUUGCUCCCCACAUUUGAUUGCAUCGAGGAAAUGACGCCUAAAUCUGUAUUAAGGUUAUUUUGUACUGAUGUUCUAAUGGAGGAAUAUUUGGUCAUUUUUGAGGAACACAUUGCUGAUUACUCUCCCAAAUUUGCAUUGAUCCUGAGAUGUUUGUCAGAUGGAUCAAUUUGAAGCCCAAAGUUAUUCCAUGCUUUCCGAUUUCGGAGGUUUUCGGGGCACUAGUCACCAUCUUAGUAUCUGUUCCUACCUGCCCAUUUCAUCUUAGGUUACAGCCAUGUGCAAGUCAAUGAAUGCCUUUUUGUUUUACUUUAAAGAGUGAUACGUAGAGGAAGUGUCUUUACACAGUUGAGACGCGGCUGUAGUCUUCUGGAAGCCUUCAGACCUUGUCCGACUGUUUACACACUCCACUCCAAGCAUCCUUCAGCCCAGUUUCAGUUUGUUUUUGCAGCCUGUACUGUGCAUAUCUUUUCCUCCACUGUUGACUUGCCCUGUAGCUUCCACUGUGGCACCACUGCAUAAUUGCUCUGAAAGAAAUACAGUCGUUCAUUGUGUGGAACAACUGAAGUGCUCUACAAAUGUGUGAAUUCUAGCCCUGCUAUUAGAGACCUCUGUCGGUAAAUAAAGAUGGUCGGUAAAUCUUU